AUGACGCAUCUGGAGCUGCAGAUUCUCCUGCGUCUGGAGCUGCAGAUUCUCCUGCGCCUGGAGCUGCAGAUUCUCCUGCGCCUGGAGCUGCAGAUUCUCCUGCGCCUGGAGCUGCAGAUUCUCCUGCGCCUGGAGCUGCAGAUUCUCCUGCGCCUGGAGCUGCAGAUUCUCCUGCGCCUGGAGCUGCAGAUUCUCCUGCGCCUGGAGCUGCAGAUUCUCCUGCGCCUGGAGCUGCAGAUUCUCCUGCGCCUGGAGCUGCAGAUUCUCCUGCGCCUGGAGCUGCAGAUUCUCCUGCGCCUGGAGCUGCAGAUUCUCCUGCGCCUGGAGCUGCAGAUUCUCCUGCGCCUGGAGCUGCAGAUUCUCCUGCGCCUGGAGCUGCAGAUUCUCCUGCGCCUGGAGCUGCAGAUUCUCCUGCGCCUGGAGCUGCAGAUUCUCCUGCGCCUGGAGCUGCAGAUUCUCCUGCGCCUGGAGCUGCAGAUUCUCCUGCGCCUGGAGCUGCAGAUUCUCCUGCGCCUGGAGCUGCAGAUUCUCCUGCGCCUGGAGCUGCAGAUUCUCCUGCGCCUGGAGCUGCAGAUUCUCCUGCGCCUGGAGCUGCAGAUUCUCCUGCGCCUGGAGCUGCAGAUUCUCCUGCGCCUGGAGCUGCAGAUUCUCCUGCGCCUGGAGCUGCAGAUUCUCCUGCGCCUGGAGCUGCAGAUUCUCCUGCGCCUGGAGCUGCAGAUUCUCCUGCGCCUGGAGCUGCAGAUUCUCCUGCGCCUGGAGCUGCAGAUUCUCCUGCGCCUGGAGCUGCAGAUUCUCCUGCGCCUGGAGCUGCAGAUUCUCCUGCGCCUGGAGCUGCAGAUUCUCCUGCGCCUGGAGCUGCAGAUUCUCCUGCGCCUGGAGCUGCAGAUUCUCCUGCGCCUGGAGCUGCAGAUUCUCCUGCGCCUGGAGCUGCAGAUUCAGCUGCGCCUGGAGCUGCAGAUUCUCCUGCGCCUGGAGCUGCAGAUUCUCCUGCGCCUGGAGCUGCAGAUUCUCCUGCGCCUGGAGCUGCAGAUUCUCCUGCGCCUGGAGCUGCAGAUUCUCCUGCGCCUGGAGCUGCAGAUUCUCCUGCGCCUGGAGCUGCAGAUUCUCCUGCGCCUGGAGCUGCAGAUUCUCCUGCGCCUGGAGCUGCAGAUUCUCCUGCGCCUGGAGCUGCAGAUUCUCCUGCGCCUGGAGCUGCAGAUUCUCCUGCGCCUGGAGCUGCAGAUUCUCCUGCGCCUGGAGCUGCAGAUUCUCCUGCGCCUGGAGCUGCAGAUUCUCCUGCGCCUGGAGCUGCAGAUUCUCCUGCGCCUGGAGCUGCAGAUUCUCCUGCGCCUGGAGCUGCAGAUUCUCCUGCGCCUGGAGCUGCAGAUUCUCCUGCGUCUGGAGCUGCAGAUUCUCCUGCGCCUGGAGCUGCAGAUUCUCCUGCGCCUGGAGCUGCAGAUUCUCCUGCGCCUGGAGCUGCAGAUUCUCCUGCGCCUGGAGCUGCAGAUUCAGCUGCGCCUGGAGCUGCAGAUUCUCCUGCGCCUGGAGCUGCAGAUUCUCCUGCGCCUGGAGCUGCAGAUUCUCCUGCGCCUGGAGCUGCAGAUUCUCCUGCGCCUGGAGCUGCAGAUUCUCCUGCGCCUGGAGCUGCAGAUUCUCCUGCGCCUGGAGCUGCAGAUUCUUGUCGAGGAGAAAAGGCCCCGCCCUCGCUUGGGCGAAGUCGGCCAUGCUUUUCGGAGCACAACGGUGUUCGUUUCAUGGUCAUCGGCGACUUCAGGGACUUUUAUCUCUGACUGA